GCUACGAUGAGAUUGGUCUGGAUUUUGAUGUCCUUGCAGCUUAUGCUCCUAGCAACUGCCCUUAGUGCCAGACAAUGUGUUACGCCAACUGCUUCACCAACACCCACAGAGGAUCCUGACGACCCCACUGACGAUCCCUGGGAUCCUACGGAUGAUUCAUCUGAGGACCCAUCGGAUUCAACUGACGAACCCUGGAAUACCACUUCGACUAGAGGGCCAACUGAAAAGCCCUCAGAUCCCAUAGAAACAACUACUGAAAGCCAAUCGGAUCCCACCGGAAAACACACAGAUGAACCAUCGACUGGAGAAACAUCUGAUCCUACAGAUUCCACAGGUCAACCGACUGAAGAUCCAACUGGAGAUUCAUCGUUUGCCACUGAAGAACCUACUAAAGAGCCUUCAGAUCAGACUAGUGGGGAUCCAUUAGGAACUACCACUGAAGGUUUAUGGAGCUCGACGGUUGGGUCAGAAAGCACAGAAACAUCAGAUCCAAGUGCAACCACCCAGAUCAUUCCCAGCAUAGAUGCAAACGCCUCCUGUCGGGCCCAUGAGGGAGUUCAGUUUCUGCCACAUCCGUACGAUUGCCAUUGGUACAUACACUGCGAUGGGGAUAUAGGAUUCAUCAAGGAUUGUCCCAGUGAUCUUUACUGGAAUUCUGUCAACCAGACUUGCGAUACGACUUGCGCCUAGAGAAAUAUAGUACUUACAACAGCA